UUAAAAGUUUGUUCGUCACCAUGUUCUACAUUCUACAACAAUCAACUCGUCAACUUAGUCUUCUAUCCUUCCAACUAUUCACAAGAUUUCAGUAUUUCAUCUGCGAAUAUGGCUUCUUGGGAUGAUCGUACCGUCACGAACGAGCACUUGCUGCCUUACGUUGACUCGAGCACAGCCCAGCCCGAUAUCAAGGCUGCUCUCCAAACUCUUCCGUUUGAGAGAAAUGUUUUCAAGCUUCUCGCAAACAGCAAUGUGUUCUUUAAACCGUUCAUGAACCUCUUGUCCUCAGCUUGGAGUGAGCAGCGACAGAUUCGUUCCACUGAUUGGCAGCUCAUCGUUCUACGCACUGCAGCCACCUUGAAUGCUCCUUACGAGUGGGAUGUGAACGAGCCCGUUGCUCGUAUUUUCGGCUUCACCGAAGAACAGUUCGCUGCUCUGCGCAAGGCCCACGAGCCUUUGCCGGAGGGUCUCUUCACCGCGCGUCAACGCCUUCUGGGUCGCAUUGUUACUACUCUCGGGCGCGAGAAUAAAGUUGAAGAGAAUACCAUUGUCGAAGCCAAGAAGACUUUCAGUGAUGAGGAGAUUACGGAGAUCUUCUACGUGCAGGGCAUCUAUAGUUUCUUGGCCAGGUUCAUGAACAGUGCUCGCAUUGACUUUGAUGAACCGAUCCCAGGGUUGGAGAAUCAAUUGCGCAAAUACAACGCCAAGACCAUUGAGAAGGAGAAGCAGUAUGUAGACUGA